AAAUUUGAAAUUUAUUUUAAACAUUUCACUUCUUCGAUUUUAAAGCUUCUUCACUGUAAAUAUAUUUGCUUACAUUUUUGUUUUAAAAUUUAAGAAAUAUGGCUGAGAGGAUGGCAAAAAAAUUUGAUCAUGAGGAUCGGCAGAAUUUUGUUUCGACACCCAUGAGUCUGCCCCUCUUUAUGGUCUCACGCAAUCGUAUACGUGCCGAGAGUUUGGAUCGCGUGAAAAAGCAAUUUCACUUGGCUGGCAAGCAUUAUAAUAAAGAUUGCCAGAAUGAGAAUCGUGGUCUGGGUCCAAGUGCUGCAACUUUGGAUCAUUAUCGCCAUGUUACAGGCCAUGACAAAUCCUUUUGCAAGUUAAACCCAGAGAAGCGUACUCUACGUCAAAACCGUGAUUUGAUCACGACCAGAGAUUGGCAGAUGGCACCGAAUCGUUAUGGCAUACCACCAAUACCCUAUCAGAGUAGAAUGGGUUCCAAGGGAACGUUAUUCCCCAAACAACAUAUCCAACGUUCACGUGUUGUUACGAAACCUCCUCAAUAUACGUUCUAUGAGCUGCCAUCGGAUUUGGAGAAAAUUCAUCGCAGUGAGAAUAGGCAUAAGGGUGUAUUUCUUUCAAAUGCCCGAGAACGACGUCCCACAUCCCGCAACAUGGUAUCGAGUGUGAAUGGUUGCUGGCGUGAUCCUACCGAUCCUGGACCCUGUGAUACUCAUACCUAUCGACAUGAACUGUGGGCUAAUGUGUCCCCUGUUAAGAAGAGUCAAAAACCUAAUCCUCAUCUUUUUCUGCGCAACUCUUGUGUGCCUACCAAACCAAGCACUAUGAUUAAGCGGCAUAUAUCAUUUGAACCUGGACCCGGACGUUAUGAGACACGUUAUGCCAAUGUUUGUCCUUGUCCAUCGGGCAAGAUUAAUAUGCCAGAGCUUCAGCUAAAAAUUGAUGCACAGAAACGUUUGAAAUUUCGUCGUUUACCCUUUAAGCGUAUCAAUCCGAAGACCUAUUGUGAGCCAGAUUGGCGACAUGUUCCUGGGGCGGGACAUGAGCAUAUUUUCCGGAUGGGUAAACAUGAUUUGCCGCCACCCAAAACGAAAUUGGAUGCCGCAAAGAAGCAACCUGAGAAGCAUUUGAAUCUUUUUGCCGAUGGCAAAUAUUUGAAUAUGUUAAAUAAUCCCACACAUCAUCCGAUUUCCUUUAGGGAUUACCCUCUGCCAACAUAUGAACCGAAAAUCGUGUAUAAUUGUGUGGCCAAGCGGGUGGCACGCAAACAAUUGCGAAAUAAUAAGAAAAUUGCCUUCAAUAGUGGACAAGAGCGCUGGAAGGAUGGCGAUCGUCCAUUGCAGCUGACGACCACCCAGAUUGAGGCUAUUAAGGAGAGUUUGCCACCAGAAAGACGACUAGUCGAUAAUCCUAUUCAAUUGCGUCGCUCGAGAAUUAUUAGCAAAUUAUUUCAUGUACCAGAACAUCAAAAGGUCACAUAUUUGCCAAAGUUACGGAAGCGUCUAUUCAAAUUUUUACCCAUUCCUGGGGCCAGAGUUUUGGUCACCGAUAGUGAUAUACGUCCGGAUAUUACAUUCGAUCCUGAUCAUCCGACUGGCAUGUAUCGCAAGAAACUCGACGAGAAACAAUUCUUUUUGGAUAGCGUUCUAGCUGCUCAAGAAAAUGCCGAAAGAGAUACCAUUAAGUCGGACGAUAUACCUCAGCGGGCUAGUACCAUGAGCGUAUUUGAAAGUAACUCUGAUCAGGCAAUUGCUAAAACGAAAAAUCUUGUCACAGUUGUCGAGCCCAAUGAAUUGCCAGAGCAGGCACCGUCACCAGGCCAGGCUGGAACUCCUGAAACUAAGCCGAAGGAGCCAACUCUUCCGCCCCUUCAAGUAUUGGUUCAAUCUUCGCAAAAUAUUGUUGUAAGUCCUCCUGUAUCUGCUCUAGAUGUUGGGGCUGCUUCUGCUGAACAUGUCCCCGAAGCUGCUUCAGACUCAGCUCCUGCUGAGGCAUGAGGUCACACAAUUAAAAUUUCACAAAGAUCGGACACACACACACACAUGAGCCACGUUUACAUAGUUUCCUUUUGUGAUUUAUGCUCCAUGCUCCAGUAAAUUUAGCCUCAUACCUCGUAACCCCCUUUCCACCCUUCACUAAAAAUGUUGGCAUUUAAGAAUGAUGACAAAAGAAUAGCUAAAACUAUAUAUACAAUAAAAAGCUUAAAGAGGAAAUGUAAAA